AUGGAUAUAAAUGCCUUCGUGAAGUUGAGUUACCUCUUGCAACAUGUUGGUGGCCUCGAGCAUUCUAGAUUUGUAUCUGUGCAUGAACAAGUUGCCUUAUUUCUUCAAGUACUAGCCCAUCAUAAAAAGAAUCGAAUAGUUUCAUAUGACUUUAAGAGAUCCGGCCAAACUGUAAGCAAAUACUUCAACAAAGUGCUUGCGGCACUACUUAAAUUGCAUCCGAUUCUACUUGUUACCCCUAAACCGAUUGGUGAUGCCGAGACAAAUGAAAAUUGGAAACAUUUCAAGGGUUGUCUUGGAGCUGCGGAUGGAACCUUUAUAAAAGUGAGAGUUGAACUCACUGAGAAGCCCAAGUAUAGGUCAAGAAAAGGAGAAAUUGCAGUUAAUGUUCUUGGUGUAUGCGAUAGAAACUGCAAUUUUAUUUAUAUAUUAUCCGGAUGGGAGGGCUCUGCUGCGGACAGUCGUGUUCUUCGUGAUGCCGUUAUGCGUCCGAAUGGUUUUAAAGUACCAUCAGGUAAUUAUUAUUUAUGUGACGGUGGCUACAUGAACACUACUGGAUUCUUAACGCCAUAUCGGGGUAUAAGAUAUCAUUUGAAAGAAUGGGGUGAAGGUAGAGCGACACCUCAAAAUUUUCAAGAAUACUUUAAUAUGAAACAUAGUAGAGCGAGGAACGUAAUAGAGAAAGCUUUUGGAUUACUGAAAACACGAUGGGCUGCUUUACGGAGCAAUACUUUCUACCCCAUCAAAGUCCAAAAUCGCAUUAUCAUGGCUUGUGCACUCGUGCAUAAUUUUAUUAGAACUAACAUGGAGAUAGACCCUUGGGAAUUGGAAGUCGGUGAUAUCUUCCAUGGAAACGAAGAUGAUGGUUUCAUUUCAAGUCUUGAUCCUUCUGUUACUUGGAACAAUUGGCGUGACAACCUAGCAAACGAUAUGUUCACUCAAUAUAGGCAUCGCCGAGGAGCAUAA